AUGAAAACAACAUCAUUUGACUUAUAUUCAGUACCAUCAUUACCAGAAGAGGUAAAAAAUUUAACAAUAUGUACUGGUAAACGAAAAUCAUGUUGUACAACAUUUAUUGAAGAUCAAAUGAAAGUAGUAGUUAAACAAAGAAUAGAAAAUAAACUUCAAGACCAAAUCUUUAUGUUACGAGAUUUUUUUGAGCGGCAUCUUCUAAGUUUUAAACAACAAUUAAGAGAACAAAUUUUUAAUAAUAAAGAACAAUUAAACCAGAUGUUUAUCAAAACUUAUGGACCUUUUUAUAAAUCAAAUAUAAAGGUAUUUGAUGAGUUGUAUACAGAACUUGAUAAUUAUCUUUAUGCAAAUACCGUCAAACCAAUACCUGUUAUUGUGGAUAAUUUUUUUGAACAAUCUUAUCUUAUUAUCUUUGAAUUAUUAAAUCCUUUAAGAAAAAUUACUAAUAAUGAACAAAAAGAAUGUUUACUUAUAAUGAAAAAUGAAUUGAAACCAUUUUUAAGUUUUCCUAAAAGAAUAACUGGUCAGUUAAGUAAAUCAUUUACUGUAUGGCGGAGUUUUUUUGAAGUUAUUGAAAAUAUUGUUACACAGUUACAUUCACUUCUUCAUACAUCUAUUCCAGAAGAGUGUAUUAAUAAACUUGUUGAAAUGGAAUAUUGCCAAAUUUGUACAUUUAAUCAAAUUAAUUUACCUGGAAGCAAACCAUGUUUUAGUUAUUGUUCAAACGUUUUGAAAGGUUGCCUAGCGGAGUAUGCCGAAAUUGACACUCAAUGGAAUAUCUUAAUAGAUUCUUUAUUACAAUUAUUUACAAAGUUAAAAGAUGUCUCAAAUCCAGUGACAACACUUGCACCAUUACCAGCUCAAAUAUCAGAAAGUUUUAUGGUUUACCAGGAAAGGGGAGCAGAACUAUCAAAUAGAAUCAUAUUAAAUUGUUUUGAUAAUUAUGAAUUUUAUAAUAUUGGUAGAAAUAAAAGAGGAAUGAGUAAUUUAAAUGAUUUUAAUGGAAUUGAAUUAAAAUUGAGGAAUAAUAAAAAUUUAAAAAAGCGAAGAGAUAAUGAUGUUGUGACAAGGAUGAUUGAAACAUUUAGUGAUCAAUUAAAAAGAAUGAAAAAUUUUUGGAGAACAUUAUCAGAAUCAUUGUGUGAUGAUAAAAUAUCAAGUAAAGAUGAUCAAUUUUGUUGGAAUGGUCAUGAAAUUACUCCUAGAUAUAGAUAUAAAGUUAUACCACAUGGUAUUAAAAAACAAAAAUAUAAUCCUGAAUUUUUAUCACAAAGAUUAUAUUUAACAUUAUCAAAAGAUACAUAUUUAGAUCAAAGAAUUAAAUUUAUUACUUUAUCAAAUACAUUAAAUAGAAUAUAUUAUAAUGCUAAAAGUGAUGAAAAUAUUAUUGAAGGUAGUGGUAAUAAAAAAGAAAAAAUUUUAAAUAGUAUUGAUGAUGAUGAUGAAGACGAUGAUAAUGACCCAUAUGAAGGUUCAGCAAUGGAAAUUGAAAAUGAAAUUUUAAAUGAUAUUAGGUAUUUAACAAUGGAUCAUGUAAAGUCAGCAGAACAAAUUUUACAAAAUCAAAAUUCUUCCUCAAAAAUACUAGUAUUUUAUCAUUUAUUUGGUUUAUAUAUUCUAUCAUUUUUUUUAUUCCACUAG